AUGAUCUCCUGCUCGAAGACUAACCUGGGACAUUUGGAGGGCGGUGCAGGGAUGUCUGCCUUCUGCAAGUGUGUCCUGGCCUGCAUGCACGCGGAAGUCGCGCCCAACCAGCACCUCCGCGUGCAGAAUCCCAACAUGGACACCGAAGGCCGGUACUCGGUGCCGACUCCGUGUCCCCCAUUGUGCUCCAGCGCAUGGGAAAACGCCAUCGAAGGCUGGCCUGCACUUCUUCUGCAAGAGGGCCAAGCCCUGAAGGGCGAGGCUUCCUACGUCCGGGCCUCGGACCUCCUGUGCCGCCCUCUCCGUCCUCGCCGGGGGUUUCAGGUGGGCGUCAGCGGCUUCGGGUACGGUGGCACCAACAGCCAUGCGAUGGCCUUCGGAAAGAAUGUAGUCACCUCCCGCGGUGGCAGGGCAAAGAACUCGGCCGACGCCCUCAUCCGCCAGGUGCGCAGUGCGCCUCCGGAGAUUGCCAUGGUCGGCGACAAUUUCGAAGACUGGCAGAGCAACGGGGUGCCGCAUCUCUCGAUGAAGCCUGGGCAGUCCUUCCAGGUUGACGUCAUGGAGGGUGGCCGAACCUUCUGGUCUGCAGUGCCCUCAUCGAAGCCCAGAUCUGUGAAGAGCUUGUCCAUCCAAGGGUCCUUCAACGGUUGGACGGCAGAGAGCAUGGUGGCCAGGGAGACGCGUGUGGGCUUGUACGAGUUCGAGCUGAGCCUGGGAGCUUCUGGCAGCGAGAGCUUCCAGGUCUUGGUGGAUGGGCUCACGUCCCAGGUGUUGCAUCCUGCCGAGCCUCACUGCACCUCGCGUGUGGCGCCCGUCCGCGGCCCGCGUCACGACGCUGGCCGUGAGCUGGCGUGGAUGAUCCAGCGUGGGCCGAGGGAUCGCUUCUUGAUCGAAGUCUUCCUACCCCCUGGAGAAGUACAGUCCAUGUCUGUAACUUGGUUUAAGCUGCGCGACAUUGCACCUCUUCCACCGCUGCAGACGCCGCCGGCUCCGGCCCCUCAGCCGAUGGUGCUGGACGAGCUGGGCAUCGAAGAAUGA